UGUAAAAAAGUGCAAUAUUAUUUGUAAAUGUUAGUCAGAGUUAAGAGCAAACCUAAGAAGUCAAUAAGGCAGGUACUCAAGGGAGUGAAGGAAAAGAGAACAUCCAAAUCUUGUAGGAGAGGAGGGAAGGAUGGAAAGAGGAGUGAUAGAAAUGCAAAAAUCUGUCUGAAGUCGCCUUUUGUUGGGAAUAAAGGCAGAUUUUCUUUGAAAAAAUUAACUUUAAAGACUCUUCUAAAGAAUAAGAUCCUUUCUGUGCCUAAUCCUAUCUUUGAAGUAAAUCUAAAUCCUAAGCCAAUCUUCGAGAUAAUCAAAGUUACUAAAUAUUCAAAAUUAAAUGGAAAAAUGAACAAUGUUGAGAAUAGAGAGGAGCAAAAGUGCCAUGAUCUUUCUUCUUCAAAAUCUUCAUUGCAUUCUGAACCAACUUCAGACUAUGAAAUCCAGUCAGAUACUUCUGAAGCUUCCCAGAUGGAGUCACUUCUGACUGAGAUUAUGAAUGAUCAAUCGUGCAAGAUAUGUAGCUCUCAUUCUUCACCACAGAAAACGCCUAAAAUCACUCCAAAAGUUCUCAAAGAUGAUGCCUCUACUUCCAAGCCAAAAAUAAAGAAGAGAAUCAGGAAAGAAAUGAGUAAAGAUAGUGAUAAAGACCAGAGUGAAAUUUUGAUUGAAUAA